AUGGCAAAGACUUUCGAUGCUGCCGAAGUCGCAAAGCACAAUACCCCGGAAUCCUGCUGGGUGAGUCUGUACGGCGAUGUCUGGGAUAUCACGGAAUUUCUCCCCAACCAUCCGGGCGGGUCCAAGAUAAUCCUCAAGCUGGCCGGUGGCGAUGCAACAGAAGAAUACGACCCAAUCCAUCCCCCGGGGACGUUGGAAGAAAACCUCAAGCCAGAAGCGAAGCUGGGGAAGAUUGAUCCCCAAACGCUACCAAAGCCCGAAGCAGACACUAUAGAGAAGGAGCAAGAACAGGAGGGCCCGCCGGAUAUGCAAAGUAUAUUCAACUUGGACGAAAUGGAGCAGGUGGCUACCAAGCAGAUGUCCAAGAAGUGUUGGGCCUAUUACUAUUCUGCUGCGGACGACUUGAUAUCGAAGAGCUUCAACAACUUGGUCUACAAGCAAAUACUGCUCCGGCCGAGGGUUUUCGUUGACUGUACGAGAUGUGAUACUUCUACUUCUCUGCUGGGACACAAUGUUGGAAUACCGUUAUUUGUUUCACCGGCCGCGAUGGCACGACUGGCACACCCUGCAGGUGAGCGGGGGAUUGCUCAGGGUAUCAGCCAGUUUGGGGCUCUGCAGAUUAUUUCCAACAACGCAUCUCAGACGCCGGAGCAAAUCGUGGAAGGGUCACUGCCAGGCCAAAUCUUUGGCUGGCAGUUAUACGUUCAGAACGACCGGAAGAAGAGCGAGGAUAUGCUUGCUCGGAUAAACAAGAUGUCGGAUAAGAUCAAGUUCGUCUGCUUGACACUGGACGCUCCGGUUCCAGGCAAGAGAGAAGAUGACGAGAGGGGAAGUCUAGUCGGGGCCUCCCUGCCUGUUUCCUCUGGUGUCAAGACCGCUGACGAGCCUAGAAGGCCUGGCGGAGGUGGUGUUGGACAACAAUUAUUUUUUGGCACGGCUGCAGAUUUGACUUGGAAGCCAACCUUGUCCUGGCUAGCAAAACACACUACAUUACCGAUUGUACUGAAGGGUCUGCAGACACACGAGGAUGCGUAUCUGGCUGCUCAAUAUGCUCCGCAAGUCAAGGCUAUCAUUCUAUCGAACCACGGCGGCCGUGCACUUGAUACUGCUCCACCUGCUGUACACACCUUGCUAGAGAUCCGAAAAUACUGCCCUGAAGUAUUUAGUAGAGUCGAGGUAUGGGUCGACGGCGGUAUCAAGAGAGGUACCGAUGUCGUCAAAGCUCUCUGCCUUGGUGCCAAGGCAGUAGGUGUGGGCCGAGCUGCGUUGUACGGUCUUGGAGCAGGUGGCGCUGAGGGUGUUGAGAGGACCUUUGAGAUCCUCAAAGCCGAGACGGAAACAUGUAUGAGACUUCUGGGUGUUGAGAGAAUUAAUCCACGGGCGGUCGAGCGCGACAUAUAUGAUGGGCAUGCAGGGCUAGAAAAGCUCGGUCUUUGGGUCAAAGCUAACUUGUAG